AUGUCACCAGUCUGCCACAACUUCGUACAAAAUGCGUGGAAGAAGGAUUUUUGCUCCAACUGCUUCAAAUCACGCGAAGAACACGCCAAACAAGAUAAAACACAGACAGAUGGCGGCAAAUAUUUAGCAACUCCAUUCCAAAACAGAGGCACAUUCUUUAAGAAAACUCCACCGAGCAUACUCAAGAUACAUUCUAAGAAGAGGAGCAAACGUAAUGUUCGCUUUCCAGAAGAGGUAUGUAGUGUCAUAGGAUAUGGAGGCGACGACUGGUCCGACGGAGAAGAAUUCGAAAUCUCCGAGGACAACGACGACGAUGAUACAUUCCCAGAUACGGAAGAAGAGAGAGAACUUCAUAAAAUUACAAAAUCUAACACAGACUUUAACACUGUGAAAGCCAAUCUUCUAGGAGAUUCAGUUGCAAAAUCGUAUACUUCACUUAUGCUAGGUAAAGUACAAACAGAUUCAGAUGGAAAGAAGAAGACUCUUAUGGUAUCAGUCACCCCCUUCGGGCAAGACAACAAAAACCCUUCCAUAAAGACUCAUGUACGCAAACCGGCCGUUAUUAAUAUUGCUGAUCCACCCACCGAAGAACCUUCUAAUAACUACAAAACAAAUAUAAUUCUUUCAACUUACAUUAAGGAAUCCGAAACUAUUGUAGCUGCAGAAGGUGUCAAGCCGACUGACAGCAUUUUAUGUACAGAAAAGUCACUGCUUGAGGAGAUUUCUGAAACUUUACAGCAAAACAGAUUAGGCGGACCAGAGGUGAAUUUUUCACAAAUAGAUAGUAGCAAGCCUGCUGUUGUUGAAGAAAAAAUAAAAGAGAGCAUGCAGGACGAGUGUGACCGGAAGGAAAUAAAUGAAACUAAAAAGAAUAGCAUUGUUAGAAAGUCUCCCUUACCUAAAACGCAAGAGAGGCCAAAAGUUAACGUGAGUCGAUCGGAAUUCAAAUUUUGUAAAAUUAAUAUUGAAAGUAGUAGUGUUGAUUCAGCUGUAAGUACAUUAAAUUCGACUCCUAAUAAUUCUUUCACAUCUGAUGACGAGAGCUUUUGUGCAAGAACAGAUUCAGAUAAUGAUGACAGUGGACACUUUUCAGAAAGUCACAAAUGUGAAGAAACUGUUAAGAUAAAAGUGUUUAAUGAAAGCGAUAAGAAUAUUAAAAUGUCGCCAAUCGGACAGUUGAGAAAGGUAGACGGGCAGGCUCAUAGUGGAUAUACGACAUUCCAGAAUCCAAUUAUAGAUAUGCCGCCGAUUAUACAAAAACAAGAAGCUAUUUUCUCUGCGGAAGCAAGUCGAGAACUUGCAGGUGAACCUGAUGGGCGGGCUGAUCCCGAUGAAACAAGUGAAGUUCCAGCAUUACCUAAAAGCCCAGUCCCAACGAUGGAUCCACGUCCCUCUUUUCUUCAUGGUAUGAUAACUGACAUAAUGCCACCGAAACCGGUCGUACCUGAAAAGCCUAAGCUUCCCGCAAAACCGGUUAUUAAACAAACAAGUAAGAAAACAAAUACCGUAAUGCAGAGUAUUACGCAAACGACAAUAAAAGAUGAAGAGAAAGUCACACGGCAUGCUAAUGAGGAAAAGAACAACGAAUUAUGUGAUGAACGAUCAGAUACAAUAUAUUAUGCAAAACCAGUCUUGACCAAGCAAGAUAGUGACACUUCACUUAACAGUUUGUGCAAACGGAAAGCGCCGACCCCACCCUUGUCACCGUCUGAGGAGUUUUCUAACAAUAUUUACCAAAGAAACCCAAACGGAUUUAUGAAAUCUGACUCGCCAGUCGUACGCGAGAUGGAAAAACGAGAAAGAGCCGUUAUGUCAUUACCGACAAAACAAAAACAUUCCAACGAUUCAGAGAUGACGAAGUCUGACAUUCCAGAACCGGCCCCUAGGCGAAAUAUAUCUCUUUCGCACGAUAACUUACUUCUCGAUGAAAAACGGAAAGGAAAACUUAAGUUUUCUAUUAAAAAACUACUGCGCAUUGGGUCAUCUAAGGAUUUAGAUAAGAAGGAAUUGAGUGUAGCGACGGUUACUAAGGUAAUUAGUAAGACUGAAGAAAUAUAUGACUUGACACCAAAGCCGAAGCCAAGAUUAGUGAUCAUUCAUCCUUUGGACAUCAACGGAUCGAGCGUCGAAGUGGUGAAAUCUAAUUGCGAGAUAUCGGAGAACCUACGUCGUCUGAGUCAUGACGAUGUUUCAAUAUAUAGUGGGUGCAGUUCCGCGACGGAUGACAUGCCCAAGGUCGUCAACAAGCCGCCGCCACCUCCAAGGCUAUCGAGCGAAGACUACAAAAACACUUCUGGUGUUCCAAAGCCUGCUAGGCCUCCGCCCCCGAAAUCUAUUGCUCUCCAGAAAAAGCAAAAGCAACAAGCUUGGGCAGCCGCACCCAGUAAGGGCGAUAAUAUUUAUGCUAAUUUAGGAGAAAUCCGAUCAGCUUUAGCGCCACGAAAACCGGAGCGAACAGCCAGUAUGCGUGAGAGAGAGUCACAAUUAGAACUCCUCAAGCGCAGGACCGCUAUCGACGAUGACGACAAAGAUGAAAUAGAUGACGGACCUCAAGAAUUAGUUCAAGCUACUAACGAGCCGGUAAUUAACAACUAUGACGAUGUAUACGCCACUAAAUAUGACGAGGAAAACUGUGACUCCGCUAAAAAUAGUGACAGUGAUUAUGAAUACGUCCACCACGCGCGUUCCAGUUCACCAGAAUGUGACUCUGCAAUUAAAACUCAAGAUAGACCUGAAGCGAAACCAGAGACCACCGAGUUCCCAAAGUACAACUUCCGCUCGUCCUUACCCUACUGCGGCAGCGAAACGGAGUCGGAAAUUUAUUCACCGUAUAGUUUCUACAGCUCCAACGACAAUAUGGACAGUCCAAAUAAUGACGAUUACCAAACUGAUAUUACACCAAAGACGACAACGAACAAAUUGCGCGUUCGAAAAGGAAGGAGCGUGGUGCACAAGAAUUUAGAGGAUAAUUACGGAGCCGUGGUUAUCGCGAAUCACGAAGCGCUAGCGCAGGUUUUAGAACAGGUCCAACAAAGUGCGACAAUGCAACCGUCGCUUCGCGGUCUAAAGGCUUGUACUAAUCUACGUUGGAACGACUUCACGAUCCAGCAGAUAAAACACACAAAAGCCGGAAAGCGGUUCUUCUACCCUGCCGUGUGGAACUCUAGCCAGGGGCCCGUUAACGUUACACUGAUGGUGCAUAAGGAACAAAUGGCGUCACAAAUGGUCUGCCAGUCGGUACAGCCGCAGACUCUAAGCUUAAACGCUAUUACGGAAUUCUGUGACUUAGUACCACUACAACAGUUUGGUGAAGACGGAGAAGACUUAGUGCAAGCUACCAUUGUCGUGCUAGCUCACGCUCAAGCAGACACCAUUCAAUCCUAUGGUGAAUCCCUCCACGUCGAAGUUUCAAAAGAACACCAUCUCCAAUCAGAACUGAAGCACGAAGCAAUAUUUAUGAUGCUGCAGAUUAUUCUUGGACUUAAGUGCCUUCAGGCUCGGGGAGUAGAAGAAGUCCCCGAGACCCUCACGUCAUUUAUAGUCCUCAAAGAAGUUCCAAUUUCCCUUGGAAGUUCGUCUCCUGCGCAAGAUGAAUCGAUGAACUCCUUGUCCGCGCCGAAAACAAACUGCUAUGGAAGACUGUGUAUUUUGCAGGGAUUGAGCGAUGAUAUAAACAGUAGCAAAUCAGAAGACGAACAUCUCUCGUCUUUAUGCAAAUGUGCUAUUAAAGCACUGGAGACCCUUCUCCCUGGAGAUAAACUAACUCCUGCUCUCAAACAGAUGUUGCAAGAAGAAAGGGCCAUUUCGCUGAACCAAGCGAAAUCUGUGCUAGAAUUUACGCUUUGGGGUCCGCUAGAUGUCGUGCAAGGCGUUCCUGUGACGGAGAGAGAGCUGUCGCUUCAAAGAUGGCUGGAUUUAGAGAGAGCGACAGUUCUACACGGCUUAGUGCGAACGAGAAUACAACUGAAUGUAUUUGAACAGUUACAUUUGAUGUUCUUAGUCCGGUCUACAGCUAAAGUUAUGUGCGACGCGUCCAUAUUACUAGAGAAGGCCGCGGUAUUUUAG